AUGCGAGGCCUGCUGGGCAGCAGCUGGAGGAAGUUUGGGCAUGCUGGCAGGGGCACCUACGAGUGGCUGACGAGCGAACCAAGCCUACCUCUUCAGGAAACCCAGCUGCAGGGCACCCAGCAGAUCAGCUCCGCCAAAGACGACGUGGAGCCCUUCCUGUGCAUCCUGCUCCCCGCCACCAUCGUGCUGUUCCUGGCCUUCCUGCUGCUCUUCCUGUACCGCCUCUGCAGGGCGCCCCGGGCCCAGGGCCAGGUCUUCAGCAUCGACCUGGCGGAGCACCCGCCCGCGGGCGAGGACACGGACUUCCUGCCGGGCCUGCCCUGGAGCGGGGAGCAGGACUUCCCCUACUCGCCCCUGCCCGCGGAGGCGGCCCCCCUGUCCGCGUGUCUGCCCCCCUCCUACGAGGAGGCCACCAGGAGCCCGCCUGGGGAGGAGGCCCCCGGCCUGGGCCUGCCGGAGGAACAGGGGCCACCUGGGCUGCAUGAGCCCGUCUGA